AUGAAUAUGUUUUCUACACAGAAGCCAAUGGAGCCUGUUCCGGGUGACCAGGUUCUUCCUUUGCAUUUCUUCGAGAAUAGCCAGCUUGUCCAGGGUAACAACAUGGCCGUUUCUCUGGUGUUUGACGAAGUGCUGGAUCCGGAAAUGUUGCGACGAUCCCUCGAGGGCCUUGUUAAGCGGGAUGGGUGGCAAAGACUGGGAGGUCGACUAAGAAAAAAUGCAUUGGGAAACAUAGAAUGGCACAUCCCAGAAAAGUUCACAGCCGAAAGGCCGGCAAUAUCUUUUGCUCACGUUGAUCACGGCAUGCCCGCUGCUUCACACCCAGCAGCAUCUCAGAUUCCGAAACCUGAAACCCAGCCUGCUAUCGUGAGCGACCCAGAUCAGUUACAAGAUCUUGUGUGGGAGCCCGGAUAUAAGUCAGGCGGUAUCCAGGACUACCUGAACUCGGACAAGCCGGUGCUUGGACUGCGGGUCAACUCUUUCACGGACAAGACCGUCGCAGUUCUGCAAUGGCAACAUGUCGCGUUCGAUGCGCUUGGCCUGCAGUAUGUCGUAGAAGGCUGGAAUUCCAUGCUUUGGGACAAGGCAGAUGAAAUUCCAACCCCGGUCCCGUACGACACGGAUCCAUUUGAGUUGUUUGCAACGGGUUCGCGUCCUACAACAGAAGAACAUGUCCUGACCGAUAGGAAAGUGGGUCUUGGAGGCUUACUCAAGUGGGGAUUGGGGUAUGGCUUUGAUAUGUUGGUCCGAGCGAAGGAGAAUCGCAUGGUCUGUGUGCCCAAGUCAUACUGGCAGCCUCAGUGGGAGAAGGCCUUGGGUGAGCUUCGCGCCGAGGCUGUUGCCAAGGGAGAAGACGAAUCAAAGGUCUUCCUGACCGAGAAUGAUAUAAUAACUGCGUGGAUUUUGCGGUGUGUGGUUGGUGAGAUGGGAAUGGACCCCAAGAGAACGGUUGCCGCAUCCAUCGCCAUGUCCCUCCGCAAGGCCUUUGAAGGCGAUCUAAUUCCUAUAUCCUCCGAGCACCCAUAUGUUGGUAACGCAUAUGGCUGGGCAAACGUACUCACUACCGUGGACGACGUUAUAUCGAAGCCGUUGAGCUGGCUGGCACAGCAGAUUAGACGCGCCAUCAAUAUACAGGGCACGCCUUCUCAGCAUGAGGCCUACUAUGCCGCAGUGCGUACAGGUGGAUAUGGCCUGCCAAUUGCUAUCUUUGGGGAUGGUGGCAUGGCCCAGGUUGGCUUCUCUAACUGGUCCAAGGCCGGACUAUUUGACCUAGACUUCUCCCCGGCGGUUAAGGACCCUAAGGGCGACAAUGCGCCGUGUAGGCCUUCCUAUGUUCAAGAAAACCACGGUCCUAUCAAGCCAGGUGAUGGCUUCUUCAUCUUCGGAAAGGAUCAGAAGGGAAAUUAUUGGGCCUCCGCAUAUAAAUUGAAGGGUCAGUGGGCGAAGUUUCAGGAGCAGAUGAAGAAGGUCUUUGAGGUAGAGUCAUGA